CUUCGCGGACCGCACCUAGUUCUGAUAUUAGUCCCUGAAAAUAGUUUUAUUCCAAAAAGAAAUACACCCCAAACGCUGUUUGAAAGUAGUACAUCUUAUUGUGGGUACGUGGUAUAAACUUUUGGUGCUAAAUACGUUUCAAAAAGUGGCUUCUUGGCAGCAUAAAUCAUAUUUUAAGUUCACCACCGUCCGCAGAUUCAAAUCUUGACGCGUAAAGCUUUCCUUCGACUUACUUCAGCAGUGCUUUUGCUGUUCUUCUUAAGUGUCUGUAGCUACCUUCUUAGGUAUGGCAGUGCCUUUAUCCGCUAUAUAAAUUUAGCAGCAGUUGGAAUGUAGUGUUGAUUAUGAAACCUCACCGUUUUUUUUUCCUUCUUCUGAGCCGUAGUGUGCAGUGCAUCACAUGAAUGGAAAUAUUUCGAGUGCGUGCUGACGAAGGGCUCGAUGAGAACCUCUGUAGUAAUUGCGUUGCAACGUCAGAAACAAACAUACAUUGUUUUAUCAGGAAAAGUGGUUUUAUCAGCAGGGGAAGAUAAAGUCGCCGUCUGUGUGAGUAGCAGGGAAAGUGAAAAUUGUUUACAAUUGAUUUGGUAGAGCGUUUUAAGGCGUCUGUUGUGCGUGAAGCAUACAUAAGCUAUCGCGCGCCGGUUGGUUCGAUUGCGACAACGUGUUCGGUUAAUUGCAUAGCCAAACACAUCGACAGGGCGUGGAUCGACUGCUGAAAUGCUCUGCUAAUGGUGAAAUAAGAAUCGCAAGCUGACUCAGUGUGCGGCACUCAGCGUUUGUUCCAGUCUAGAGCCGCCCGCGAUAAUGAAACGACGCUCCGGAGUAGUGCAGUGACAAAAAGUGGCAAUGAGCUAAUAUUAAUCGACAACCGAUUGUGAAGUAAAUUCGAGGUGCCCGAAGCAAGCCAAACGAAAAGAAAAAUAAAAUGAAUCAAAAAUUCGUCGAAAGUGAUAUAAAUUUUAAUUCGAAACGACCGAUCGCGAGUCGCCGCGUAGGAAUGCUACCUCCUAAGCAGCUUUGCUGGAAGAAUCGUUGGAAGACUGGCUGCCUGUUGGCGGUAGUUUUAGUGUUAAGUAGUGUGACAAUUUGUCGGUGUCAAGAAUUCGGUGAAAGCAGUCUCGAUCAUCCGGAUCGUGACUUCGAGCAAAUUUCAGUGCUGAGUAAGGAAAUCAUUACGAACCAUAUACCGACCAGCGAGAGCGGGGGCGAUCAAGAUGAGUCACGAUAUCAGUCCGAAAACGUGCCCAUGGCGGAGGAAGGUGUCCACUACACCGAGAUCGCCGGAGAUGUAGUGCUAGGGGAGAAAAUCCUCCGGGCAGCCGAGAGUCCGUAUUCGUUGAGAACGGAUCUGGAGGUCGAGCGAAGAGCUAGGCUGAUCAUCGAACCCGGUGUCACAAUUCACUUCGCGCCUAUGGUUGGGAUCACCGUGCGAGGGUCGCUGGUAGCGUUGGGCACCACGGAAAACAAGAUUGUGUUCACCUCGGCACCCAAUUCAGGCUACAAAGAUAUUGUGUCAGAUCCCAGGGAAGUGGGAGCAAGACUGGUUGACGGACCAAGUCCACUGGCUGGACGGCUGCAGCUUCUGAACAAGGGAAAAUGGCGUUCUGUUUGUACAAAUUCAAAAAAUUGGACAAUCGCCGACUACGAAACUACAUGCCGCCAGAUGGGCUACAAAGGGGGACGUUUCUGGAAUUGGCUGGAUCGAAUACAAAACUAUGAGCCACGAUUGUUGUUUGAAGAUCCUAAAUGUGCUGGUACCGAGACUAGUUUGUUUGACUGUGGCUGGGGAACGAAACAGGUCGGAUCGGGGGUGUGUGAUUACCACAGCGAUAUCGGCGUACAGUGUUUACCGCUGUUCGAUCAAGUGACUCCUCACUGGCGUGGGAUUCGGUUUGAAAAUGCUGAAAGCAAGGAAACAUUGGCAUAUAAUCACAUACUGUAUGAUUUCAUAUCGUUGUCGGAACUGAGGAAUGUGGAGAUUAUACGAGCUGGAACGGGUAGAGGUGGAAGUGCUGAAGCGGCCAUUUCGGUGAUGGGGAUUCCACCAAUUUUGGAUCACGUGACAAUCGAUCAUUCUUCGUUCACCGGAAUCAAUGUCACCAAACAUGAUGCAGCAUUUCACUUUAAAGACGUUACCGUACGUAGAAGUAGAGGGUUUGGAAUAUUCGUAAAUUCCAGCUAUGGUUCCACUCUGCUAGAUGGGGUCACAGUGAGUGAAAAUGGAGCUGAUGGCAUUCGUUAUGUCGGUCAUGAUUUGCGGGCAAGCGAACGAACAGAUCGCAGUAAAGUGUUCGAUUUUUGCACUCUAACGACUACCGCCUGGCAGAUAUAUCCUUUACAGUUGUCAUUCGAACAAUCACAGUUUGCACUAUCUCAAAAGCAGUGUGCUCAAUCGCUUACCACCGGAUAUGGUCACGUAUUAACAAUGCAUUUUGUCUACUUCGAAAUGACACGGAAUGAAAGCGCUGUGAUUCAGAUUUACGACGGUAUGUCGGAGAACGAUCGCUUGCUGGCUUCUUGGAACAUUCGGAAUUCCACGAGACCACAAAGUGUCACUAGCACUAGGGAGAAAAUGUUCAUAAAAUUCCGGGCGGAAGCUCGAAGUCAGGUUCUGGCUCACUUUAGAGUAACAGCCGGUAUCACCAAGGCAUAUGAUCUCAAUGUAACACAAUCCACGAUCGUCGACAAUGGAGGUCGCGGUAUUGCCAUCGAUAACUUACGAUCACAAGUUCAUGUUCACGCAUCAACGAUCGCCAACAAUAAACACGUAGCGGGUUUGCAUGUCACCAGCGGAGCUGGAGAUGUCAAUGUAACCGAUUCGAAGAUUAGUUUCAACAUUGGAGACGGAAUCAACAUUACGUACUACGGCGGAAAUCGUAACAUUUCUCGAAGCUCGCUAAGCUCCAACAGGGGAUACGGGUUCGCAGUUUGGUUGAAUCAAACCACAAAGGAUCGCCAGGAGUACCUUGAGUUCAAUCAAACGACAACGAUCGAAUACUCUAAUGUAGUUAAGAAUUUAGAAAUUUCCGUUCUACAUGGUAACUACUGUGGCGAUUCGUGGGUUAAUAUAACUGGCAACUGGUUCAACGACAGUACUAGCAAUGCCAUCGAUAUUCAAUCCUGUUGGUUUGACACAAUAGAGAAUAGAAGACUGAGGCUUCAGAUAGGACACAACACUUUCGAGCAUUUAAACAAAAUUGGAAUCGUGAUUAGCCCUAUUCUUAAUCUUGAAGGCAAGAUCGAAUACAACCAUUUCCUGAAAGGAAAAUAUGGAGCUCUGCUAACCAGGAACAAACCGUGGGAGGAGUUCCGACAUCUUCCCGUGCGGUUGAUAGUCCAACACAACCAUUUUAUGUAUAAUAAAGGUAUUUACGUGGUCUCUCUAGGAUUAUCGCCAAACACCGAUAACAAGACUCAAUGGUUGCUGUUCACAAGAAAUUUUGUAAAAAAUAACCGAAUAAAGGAAAUCUUUGGACCUUUGGAAGAUGAAGGCGAAGGUUUAGGUGGUGAAGGUCGAUUGAAUCCAAGAUCUCGCGUUGCAGCUCCCGUGGUGAUCUCUUCUAACAACGUGGAUGUUUUUCGUAACAUAAUUUCGAAUUACGACUCCAAAUAUGAGGUUGGCUCACAGCUGUCCGAUCAGAGUAAGGCACUGAAUGUAACCUACAACUGGUUGGGAUAUCAGGAAGAGGAAAAAAUAUACGAACGACUGUUUCACCGGAAGGAUCGGUUCGAUCUCGCCAAAAUAGAAUACUUCCCAUAUCUACUGCAUCACUCGAACCCCGGCACCCAGACUAUAGCGCAAUAUGCAAAAUUUGUACCCUUUUUCUACAAAGAUGGAUCGGAUCGAAUCGGCGGAGAAGUUGACGGACAGGAGAUUCUACCCGCCGGAAGUUACACGGUAGAAAGAGAUAUUAACGUGCGUCCCGGCGGAAAAUUAAUCAUCAAUUCCGGUGUCAUCUUGAACUUCGCCCCAAGUGUUGGAAUGAUGGUAACGGGUAAAUUGGAAGCUCGAGGUCGUAAACCAGAUGACAUUUUGUUCACCCUGAAGCGAGAGGCCGUCAUGACUGACAACGACACGACCGAAGCCAUUAUGGUUGAUCCCGAUAUGGCAAUGGAUAUCGAAACGGAGCGUGUUGUAAAUCUGGAUCCGAUGGAACCUCAGGUACCAAAAGUUCCUGUGAGAUUGGUUGGAGGCGAAAGUGAUCACGAGGGUAGGUUGCAGAUUUAUAUGGAAGGCCGAUGGGGAACGGUUUGUGACUACGGUUGGACGAUAAUCAAUGCUGCCUUGGUAUGUCAUCAACUUGGACUAGCACUAAACCCCAUAGACUGGAUAUUACAACGGUCAGAGGUUCCCGGUGCGAGUACGUCGGAAGAUGUACUGUUAUCGAAUAUAAGAUGCACAGAACACGAUAUUGACAUUACCCAGUGUCGUGCGGAACGAGCAUCUCAAGGUGACUUUGAAAAUUCCUGUACUCAUGAGAAUGAUGUCGGAGUACGUUGUUACGAGGGAGCUUGGGCUGGACUGCGAUUCGGAGUGCUAGCUGAACGGGCUGAUCUCCAGUACGUUACCAUUGAGAAAGCUGGUCUUUUUGAUUAUAUGACUAAUACCUUCAAGCCGGCACUUCAAAUGGAUUUCGCACGGCACAAUCUCGAUAGCAUCCGCGUGGUGGAAAAUUUACAGGACGGCUUAGGAGUGAUCUAUUCGGACAUCUAUGCGGGCUCAUCUGUCAAUAACGUGAAGAACUCGGAGUUUGCAGCCAACAGAGGUAACGGUAUCAGUAUGAAACAACUUGGUUUGAAAGUACACGGGAGUAUUAUAAAAGAUAAUCGAGGAUCUGGAAUCAAUCACGAUUCCGUCAUCUCCGCUAUGGAACAACGUGAAAUAACGAGUUGGUUCAACAUGGUUCCGGAUUUCAAUGUCGAUGAUUCUGACUACAGACCAAUCAUGCUUCCUCGUGACUCACAAAACAUUGACAUCGAUCAGUGGCAGAUCAAGCAUAUAAUCACUCUGCCAGUAAACGGUGAUCCCGUUGAAAAAUUGAUCACGAUUCGAUGCCAGCCCGGAUAUGUAAUUGGCAUUCAGCUUCUUAAUCCAGUGGAAAAUCGAUCGACGGAAAAUGUUUGGAUCUAUGACUCUCUGGCUGGCAGUACGCAUUCCGAUAUAUGGCAGAUUAAACGUGAUGUUUCCGUUUUUCCGCUAACAACUAGCAGUUAUGGUGCAAUCCUCCACUACAAAAGUGGACAUAAUGCUCUGGGCGGAGCAGUUCUUGUACUACGAUCAAUCCAAGCUCCGGUUCAGAAUAUAUACAACCGUAUCGUUAGAGGACCAGUGCCAACGCUGCAGAUCACAUCCACCAAAAUUCAGCGAAACUAUCGUGGAAUCACCGGCACCUACUACAACCGGUAUUUGGGGGUACAAAGCGAGCUCUAUCUUCGCAAGGCGAACGAAUCGAUAAAGUUAGUGAAUUGCGAAAUAAGUCACAACCGGGAGGAAGCAUUUUUCGUGCAUUCGCCAUUUUGGGACGUCCACGAGAGCAAUAUUUCCGAGAUAACGAUCCACAUCAACAACAGUAUGAUUCGAGACAAUGGUCGGGGAGUGAGACAGUUUUCACGAGAUCUUCGAUCUUCAAACAAUCUGUUCCAUUAUGUGCUACAGGAUACAACUAUCGAAAGUAACUCUUUCGGAGGACUUGAACUAAGUUUGCCAUAUGUCUGGCAGUAUAAUGAAAACUUCACCCAUUCCGUAUUUCUUGGGAAUGACACGUGGGUGAGGAACAGACGCUUCGGAAUAAUAAUUGAUGGCCAUUUUGCAGUGGUUAACAUUUCUUCGAACAUCUUUAUGGAUAAUGUGUGUGCUCAUGGAUUAAUUGGUUUCAAGGGAAUGGAGAAAAAGUUACGAAUCGAUAAUAACCGAAUUGUUAAAAACUCUGGAAAGUAUCUGGUAGAAUUUAGAUCGGACAGUCAGAGUGAAAUUUUGGGAGAGAUACCGGCAAUCUUUGCUUUUAACCACAUUGAAGGCAAUGAGAAGGUCGUAUCAACGCGAUCUGAAAUGAGAAAUUUCAUACGGGGAGAUCGAGGAAAUGCGAAAGAUCCAACUUGUGUUAUUGGCUUUGGAGGAGUUCAAAAGGUUCAGAUUUAUCGGAACGUCAUUAGUAACAACGAACAAGAUUAUGAUCUGAUUGCAGGAAUAAAAUCCGCUAGAUUGAACAGUUUUCUGGAUGUUCGAGAGAAUUGGUGGGGAUCGCAAGAUGAGGAACACAUUCGGGCGAGAAUAUUUGACUUUGAUGACUGGAAUAAUCACGCAGAAGCGCAGUAUCGGCCAUACCUGAUUGAAGAUAGUAUUGACGGAAGUGUUUCCAUAAUGAUUUCUAAAAAUAGAACGAUAGAUUUAGAUAAUUUUGGUGGUAGAAUAACAGAAGAUAUUUCGAUCUAUCGAAGAGAGCAGCCAUAUGUAAUUAAGUCGGAUAUUACCAUAAUGCCGGGUGUAACGAUGAAUAUUUAUCCUGGGGUGGUUAUGGAGUUUGCGCCCAAUGUUGGAAUCCUAACAUUAGGAACCUUAGUUGCCCGGGGUACACGAGAUGGAGAAAUCGUUUUAAAACCUAUCAAAGGUGCUUCGGAACAGAUUAAUCGCGUGGAAAGAUCAUUGGAGAACAUGGUUAAUUAUGAUUCUAUCCGGUUAUGCACCAACCGAAAUUGUUCCGGAAGCGAACAGGAAAAUGAGAAGAUCAGGGAAGGUUUCUUAGAAUAUUACAACCACACAACCCUGCAGUGGAUUCCCAUUUGUGAUCGUCGGUUCACGGAACGUAAUGCCCAAGUAGUUUGUCGAGAGUUAGGGUACGAUCCCCUCGAUGUGUUUAUCGGGCACGAUCGAAGAAUCGAGUUCCAUACGAAUUCGCUGACGAGAAUAUGGUCCUGGGUUGAGCCGAUGGAAUGUCACGGAGACGAGCUACGUCUGGAAGAAUGCCCUGAGCGGUUGAACGGACAGCUGUAUGGGCGACGUCACCAGUGUCAAUGGUUUUCCGAUUUUGUAUUCAUCAGUUGCAAUGGAGAACCGGAAGAAAGAAACUACUGGGGAGGAGUACGUUUCUCUAAUCCAGAUUUUGAAGCUAGUUUUUACGAGCACCGGAUUCAUGAUGCAGCAACCCAUUCCAACACCAAACGAGUGGAAAGUGUAAUGGAAUUCGUCCGAAUUGAGCGAGCUGGAAUGCUACACGGAGAAAAGUCACCAGCGGUGCAGACUAUCUCGAAAAAUCCCAGUAUCAGCUUUGUAUCAAUCAGAAAUAGUGCUCAUCAUGCCGUAAACCUGGUGUCUCCCAGUGAUGCUAUUCAUUUGAACUAUUUAAGUGUAUAUAGAGCUUUGGGUCAAGGAAUCAACGCUAUUUCGCUAACCGGCGAAGGUCGGGAAAGUGAUGAAUCUAGCUAUAGUCCUUUGAAAGAUCUGGAUCUCCCAUACAAUCUGUUUUCGAUGAUUGACAUAUGCGAUACGAACAAGGAGGUUACAUUAGAGGAACGUGUUCUAGUCUAUUACAAGUACGAUAACAAUCCAGUGAACUGUGUCAAAAUUUUCAAAAGUGCCUACCGUGUGAAACCACUUGGAUUCCGAUUACUGCAGUCGAACUUGUUCAAUCAUUCCAAGGAAUAUGGUCGACGGGAUAUGAUUCAACUGUUCGACGGUAACAUCUAUAAUGUUUCCGCAAGGGGGAUAGGAAUCAUCGAUGCCGAUUCAGACAACCAAAAAAGAUUAUUCAAAACGUAUGAACCAGCGUUGAGUGUCCGUUUGAUAGCUAGUGGAGCGCCGGCUAGACACGGUUUCAUUGCUGAAGUAGUCACUCUACCGAUAUCAGCUAUUGGAUUUAAUCGUGACGCUCAGCAUAACAUUUCCAAUUCGGAAAUUCAGGAAUGUGUCGGAGGGGCUAUACACUACGUUACCGUUGGUGAAGUGUCACCAACUUUGACCUUGGAACGCAAUCGCUUCAUCAGAAACUGCCGCCAAUUGUAUGGAAAUUUCUCGUCCUGUGAGGCUACGAUACGAGCUGACGUACAGAAUAUGCAGACACUGUAUUUCAGGAACAAUCUGGUUCAAGAAAAUCAAGGUGGACUUUCAAUUCGAGCUGAUUCCCGAGGAUCAGCUACGUCGCUGCGGGGAUGGAUUCAUAACAAUUUGUUCGUAAAGAACCGCAAUCGUCCGUCGUUGUACGUCGAAGGCCGUCAGUCCUCUCCGUAUCAGGAGGUUACCGUCCACAACAAUUAUAUCACUCAAAACGUGGCAGGGUUCCGUGAUGUGGUUGUACUGCGACAGGUGGUGUCUAAUUUCAGUUUCAACUAUGUGCACAGUAACAAGGGCGGAAGAAUUGUCGAGGUAUCCGGAUUUGAUCGGGUUAGAUUGCCGAUUUAUCAGACGACGUCGCACAACGGUUUCUAUGAUAACGUGGCAACCGACUGGAGUGGAAGAGCUACCAUUGUGGCUGGAACAGCUGGACAGCACUAUGUGGAUAAUAUAUUCGCAAAUCCGGAUAAUGACUAUGAAAUGAUCACUGUAAAUCGGUCUAUGUUUGAAUUCCAGUUCUGGAAUAGUACGCUUGACAUCUGGAAGACGAAAAUUGACGCCAAACUUAACUACUGGAGCUACAAUGGAACUCUGGCCGUAGGAUCUCGAAUCCGCGAUCGUUUUGACGAUCCUCAACUGCUGGAAGUCCAGUAUCUUCCAUUGCACAUGAAUAAUUUAACCGUGCUGGACGGCAAGUGUCCACCGGGUUGGACAUUGCUCAUCGAUACGUGCUAUAUGUAUGUAGGUGCCCCGAUGAGUUUCCGUGAAGCCCGAGAAUUCUGUCGUUCGGACAACGCGUCCUUGCCGUUCAUCCACGGUGAUUUUACCCCGUUGUGGUUUUUCCUUGAACAACAAUCCCGCUAUCUACGUUCGGCCGAGAAAGUUUGGAUACAGGAUGCCAACUACAUCGACCGGUGUACUUCGUUUAUCUACCGAAAUGUGGAGAUCGAAGAGUGCCAUGAGCGACACGCUUUCCUGUGUGAAAUUGAUCCGAAGGUUCAAAUUGAUCCACUAUUCUGGAAGGCGGAUGCCGUCGCCGUCGCUAUGAUAACAGCGCUGGUGCUGGUCUUUGCUCUUCUUCUGUGCAUUUGUUUCUGUUGGGUGUUCAAAUCGCGCUACCGACAAACUCAGCGAUUGCAGCGACGCAACAGCAUACGGCAGAGUAUGCGAAGUUUGAACAGCAUCGACCCGCAGGGAUCCAUUCGAAGGCGUAAUUUUGUCGUAUCCCGAUCAACAGAUACGCUAAAAUCGGCCACUACCGGUACAACGGAUUAUAAGAAGAUGACAUCAAAUGGGUCCAUCGAAUCGGUUGACAAAAGCGUGCUGUCCUCCGAAACAAACUAUGACAUGUACGAUAAACAAAACCAUUCGUACAAUAACGAAUACGCCGAUCAGUUGAAGAGCCAGUUGGGUUAUAGCGACGGAACAACCAAUGGAGGGCCAGACUUUAUGCAACACUCGAAUAGCAACAGUCCGACCCGGACGAAGGUGUACGGAUUGCCGGAUUAUAGUUCACAUGGAGGUAGUACAGCGUUCGAAUUGGCCUUCAGGAAUGAAGGCUUUCGGGAUACCUCGACCACUUACUCGGGUGUGACUAGGAACAAUUCCAUCAGCACUGUGAUCAAUGAAGAUACCCCGAUCAUUCAUCAUUCCGGUGACAAUGACGAUGGAGGAUCGGAUUUUUAUGGUAACUCAAGUACGCUCCCGAUGAGAGUGAAAGGAGACGAUCUGUCCUUUUUGAAUGAAUUACAAAGCCGUUUACCGGAGUAUGCACCAUUGCCACCAAGUAACGGGCAUAGUAGUUUCCAUCCGGUAGCUGCUCCGAUGAAAUCAGCGACUCCUACUAAGCAUAACACCAGUACACUGCCAUUUGACCCGAAAAACGGUGGACAACGGUUUCACCCUCCACACGAAUAUCAACAGCCAACGAUUCAGGUUCGAAAACCUAACAUGUUCGACUCUCCGCCACAGCCCACUAGUGAGCCUAGAGAUGUUCGGAGGCCCGAAUCGUAUAUGAAGGCGGUCAAAAAGUACGCCACUCCUGGCAGAGAGCGAGAAUCCAUCAUUCCUCCGCCCCGAGUAGACAGUAAUGGAAGCCGAAGGCCGAGAACUGUGUACGAAGCAUCCAGUGAGCACCAGCAGCGACCACAACCACCACCCAUUCCCGCUACUCCACCGAGGGCCAACUAUGCCAGAUCCAAGUCGGAAGCUUUGCUGGAAACCAACUUCGACGAAGCUCUGCCACCGAUGCCAACAAUGCUGAGCUCAGACAGCCGCAGCCUUUCGCAACCUCUCGAGACUGCUAUGUAAAAUAUUUGGCAAUGGAACGAAGAUAGUAUUUUAUGAAAAAUGAUACAAGUAACUUUUAUUACUGCUGAACACACAGUGAAAGUAGAAUGUGUAGACCAUUUGAAGAUUGUGGUAAGGUUUCUAAUGGAAACAUCUUUAGCUUUACAGUUGGAUACAGUAAGAUUAGGAUGCUCGAUCAAAUCGCUUGAUGUUAUGCAUUUUAAUCCAAUGAAACAAAGAUCAAGAUUAUUCGAAUUACAUUUAAAAUUGAAAGUUAAUCGUUAUUUUUAUACAACUAGACCGGGUAACGAUAGAUAAUCGCAAGAUUUCUGUGUUAGAAGCACAAUCAAAUUCCCACUAAGGCGAUCAAUAUAAAGUGCAUAACAUUGCGUUAGAUUAUAUUUACUUAUACAGCAUAAAUAAGCAAUUGUGAAAUUACGUAAGCUUUUGCUCGUUCGAAGGAAACAGCCAAUGUUGUUUCAACAAACCGGGAAUCAAUCCGUACUAUGUGCAUUAUAGUAGAACUAAAAAGUGUCUUAUAUAGGAUUUACGCUGCCGUAUGCAGUCACGUUCAAUGUGUAUAUAGACUAAAUAGAUAGUGUAGACGACAACAAAAGGAAACUACUCGUGAUAUGUAGAAAUAACAACCCAUAAUCAAAAUCAAGAUCGUUCAGCUUGUUUACAGCAAACAAAUCAUCACCAUUAUUGAUUUCAGUCAACAAUCGCUAUUGCAGUGUUCUGUAGUAUUUGCUUUACAGUUGUUAAAUAGGUCAAUGAAAUUUAGAAUCAACAAUCAAAUCAGCUGGAGCCUUUCAUAACAAAAACGUACGAUCUGUUUGUCUCUCUUAAGAAAGCUUCAAGCUAGCACGCAACUGUCUCAUUAAAACCGGUGCAACGCUGUGCUAUUUCAUCACAAACCUGGAAUGGGAUAUUUACCAUCUCAAUAGAAGCGAUAAUGAUUUAUUUUGAGAGAAGCAACGAACAGACAACGGUGUGAACUCAUGUCUCCGACAUCACCCCACAACCGCAUUCGAAAUGAAGAACAUUAGUCAAUUUGAAUUGAGUAUUGAUCGGUUCGCUUUUGUACCGUCCAAUGAGUUGUGUAUUAUUAUUGUACGUUAUUUAUAGAUUUUUCGAAUUGUACAAUUUAAUUAGAGCUUGAAUCAACAGGCAGGUAACGCAAUACGAAUAGGAGUAUAGUUUUGUUGUAAGUUUUUAACGAAAUCGAGGAAAUGUAUGAACGUUUGAAUAAAUAAAGAUUCUCUAUGUUCAAAAUUUCUA